GUCCUCCUGAGCAGACAGACAGGCAGCCGCAUCCUCCCACUGCGGUCUGAGGACACGGACUCUCCUGCAGCUAUGGAUGAGGAUCCCGCGCUCAUUAUUGGAACACUGGCACCGGACAGGAUUGUGAUCCUGCUGAAGCCCGCUGAAGACUGAGCGUGUUGGACAGACGGCUGCACUGACAGACAGACGAUGUUUUACAGAUUCAUUCUUGACGACGACCAGUUUACAGUAAAAAGACAACAGAAGAUGAUUUGAACCAAAUAGAAUCAGAUCCAGAUUAUGACUGAAUUAGAAGCCACGGGCGUGGGGGAGCAUCCCCCUCCCUACAUAAUCUUUGUGGUGGUCUUCCUCUUCUUCAUCACUGGCCUGAUGGGCUUCCUCAUCUGCCACUUGCUGAAGAUGAAGGGAUACAGAUGCAGAGCUGGAGACAUGGAUGCUGAUGAAGAGGAGGAGGAGGAAGAGAAACUUGGAGGCAUUGCAGAUGAGGAACAUGAGGAUAACCAGGACACCGUGGACCAAAUCCUCAAGUGCAUCAUGGAGAAUGAAGCUAACAUGGAAGCCUUCAACGAGAUGUUGGGAAACCACAACGUGUGUGUGCGUCACGACCCCAGGCUGCGUCAGGAGUCUCUGGGGGGCGUUCCCCCUCAUCACCACACAGUUCACUCAGGCACAGAACACAACUCGUGCCACCUGUGUGCUCAGGGCCGGUCUAAGAAGGGUCGCAGACCGAGCAGAACCCCGCGCUUCAAACAGCGGCCUGGAGAACAGACGGUCUUCUCUGUCGGCAGGUUUCGCGUCACACACACGGAUAAGAAGCUCCAUGGAAGUCCCGGUCAAAUGGUCAGUUCAGGAGACAAUCUGGACCAAUCACAGGACAGCGAGGAGCAGAAGGGCGGCGGCUACAACCUGAGGAGCAUGUUCAAAGACACCCGACCUGCCUCAGACACCGCCAAUGGGGCGGUGCCAAAUGUGGGAAAGAGGAGGAAGAGUGUGACCUUAUUUGGGCUGAGGCAAGGCAGUGACCCUGUCGCCAUUAAAGUCAUGGACACUGGAGCUAUGAAACUCGCUGUCCAGAAGCAACCUGUGGUGCAGGAGGAGGAGGUGCAGGAGGAGGAGGUGCAGGAGGAGAACACUGUGAUAUCUACUGAUAAACCUGGUUUUAAACCUGAGAAACCAAAACAUCUCAUCCCAGGGUCCGUUAAUCCUCGCUCUUCCCAAGAAAAGAAAGAAUCCCAGGACGUUAGCUCUGGUCCUGAACCGGGCGUAGACCUCACCACCGGCUCUUCUUCUGCCCCGAGAUCGCUUUUCAUUUCAUCUCCCACGAAGAAAGUGGGACAUGAUGCAGAGAAGGUCUCUCCUGAUCCUGGACCUCUGCAGACAUCCACACCCAUCGUUGCCAUGACGGGAUCCAUCCCAGGUUUCACCCUGGUCCACCCCAGCAGUCAGUCUGAGUCCAGUUCUUGCACAGUGUUUCCAGUCACUCAGACUCCUCCUGACCCAGACUGCAGCCCAGACCUCGACCGGGGCUUUGGUGCCAGCCUUGCUUUGAUAAGUUUAGGCUCCUCCCCUCAGUCUUCUUUCCCGAUCAAAACCCCAUCAUCUUCCUCUUUGUUAAAAACUCCCUCCUCAUCCCAGGCUGAGUUUUCCCCGCUCCACACUCCAAGCCCCAAACUAUCAUUUAGUCAAACUGUGUUUAAUCAAACUUUAUGUCAGACUCCAGUAGAGGGCGCUCUGUCACACAGUCUGCACAGUAACCCUAAACCUGACAACAUCCCAGACCAAAGAGCUUCACCUGCUCUGACUGUGAGGUCCGGGAGCAAAGACGACGCGGCCUCCGCUCCGCGAGCGUCAGCUCCACGUUCACCAGUGGGCGGAGCUUUGAUAGCUUCUGUUCUGUCCUCUCCCUCUGACGGACAGAGCAGUUUGUGUCUGUCCUCCUGCAGCCCAGGCUCCUCCUCCAGCAGAGUAAGUCAUGUGGCCAUCAUCAAAGCCAGUCCUGACAGCAAGAGAGAGUUCUCUGUUGUCACCAUGCUGGAGGAAGAAGAGGAAGAGGAAGAGGAAGAAGAAGAAGAAGAAGAAGAAGAAGAAGAAGAAGAAGAAGAAGAAGAAGAAGCCUCGACAUCAGUCAAAGACCAAACAGCAGAAACUCAUGAAGUUGACAAGGUGAACGUUGAUCCAGCAGCUGGAGACAUGAGCCAAGAGAAAGACGACAUGGUGGAGAUGGAGGAUAUUAGAGACUGUAAGGUGAUGCAGGAGGAAGAGGAGGAGGAGGAGGAGGAGGAGGACACAACACACCCUGGACUGAGAGGUGAAGACUCCAGAACCAUCAUGUGAUCAUACAGACAGAAAUGUAUUAUAAUGAAGUAAUGAUGAUUUAACCACAGCAAUGAUUAAUAAUCACAGUUUAAAGUUAGGAAAUGUAAAAACAGAAACUUUAUUAAUAAUAAUAAUAAUAAUAAUAAUAAUAACAAUAAUAACAUGUUAGGAGCAGCAAAAGCAAAGUGUAAAAACCCGUUUGCUUUUUUACUGUGGAUCAGCUGAUGAUUGACAGACGUCUGCUUCCUGCCGCGCGUCACAUGACGAAACUUUAACACUUUCACUAUGAAAUGGAAACAAAGUGAAAAAGUGAUGGUUCAGGAUUGUCGAGCUGGGAUUUCAUUCAAAAACUUCACAGCUUCCUGUUGACAUAGAUUUAAUCAGGUGACUGCCGCUUAACCCCGCCCCCAAAAACCAUAUAUUCAUUAGGUCUGAGACUUGAGUCUCUGCUGAGAGCGAUAUAUUAUUCUGACUCAGCGUUUAUGAACGUAUGAAUCCGUUAACGACACGUUUGUGCUGAGUCAUGAUUCUCCAACUGUGUAACAAGUGAUUAUUGUUGAAAUAAACAAACACAACAUGAUUGUUAUUUACACUCGUA